UGUAGGUUUUUCUGUUGAUCAGCUUAGUUUCAUAUUUCGUUGAUAUUAUACACUAUAUCGCCAUGCAAGACGUUUGACCAUCUGCAUCUUCUAAAUGUCAUACGAUUCCCGUUAAUCGCUAAGAGCAGAAACAACAAAUUUAAGGGAAGUGAAAUAAAAACCGCUGUUUGGAGCUGAUAAAUAUUCAGUCCGAAAAGAAGAGGCAGCUGCUCAGCUUCUCACAUCGAGUCGAACUUCUACCUUUUUACAUUCGUAAUUUUAGGUUGCGGUAGCAGUGUUCUACUCAUCCAAUCACUUUUAAAAAAUGUUGCGCAAGUUUCCGUGCCCGUUCUUGUCCAGGCUUUCAGCGCCUUACAAACGUCAUCACGGGAAAAUGUUGAUGACGAAUUACGCAGAGAUCUGCCCGGUGGCAUCUGCGGCUACUCGCAUGUUUGCCAGCACUACCAAUCCGGUCGAAGGUAGUGCCGUUGGGAUUUCGUCUCCUUGUCCGUUCAAGGAAAGUGAUGGAAAUAAUAUAACGAACACCAGCACUCCAGUCGUCGAUCACGACCUAAUUAAUCUUACUAAAACGAAAUCUACGACCAAAAUUAAUUCAACAAUCGAAGGGUUUUUCCCUUAUGAAGAUUUUUUCCGUGAUCAAAUUUCCAAAAAGAAGCAAGAUCACUCCUACCGUGUUUUCAAACGCGUGCUGCGUAAUGCCGAUAGUUUCCCUUUUGCCAAAGAAUAUUCCUGGGGGGAAAAGGACAUCACCGUCUGGUGCUCUAAUGACUACCUUGGAAUGUCGGCUCAUCCCCAAGUGAAGGAAUCCAUCAAGAAUGCGGCCGACAAGCACGGAGCGGGAGCCGGUGGCACUCGUAACAUUUCCGGCAACACUUUGCUUCACGAAGAACUCGAAACGGAAUUAGCCAGUUUACACGAAAAGGAAGCGGCGUUGGUGUUUUCUUCGUGUUACGUUGCCAACGACUCUACAUUAUUCACGUUAGCCAAAGCUCUUCCUGGUUGCCACAUCUUCUCCGAUGCGGGAAACCAUGCCUCGAUGAUCCAAGGCAUCCGCAACAGCGGCGUACCUCGUCACAUCUUCCGCCAUAACGAUCCUAUUCACCUUCGACAGUUGUUGGAGAAAGUAGAUCCAUCAGUGCCCAAGAUUGUGGCCUUCGAGACGGUCCACUCGAUGACGGGAGCCAUCUGUCCACUGACUGAACUGUGCGAGGUCUCACAUGAGUUUGGAGCCUUGACUUUCGUUGACGAAGUUCACGCCGUUGGACUUUACGGCAACGAAGGGGCCGGAAUAGGCCAGAGAGAUGGCGUCCUCUCUCAAAUGGAUGUCAUUUCGGGCACUCUAGGUAAAGCUUUUGGCAAUUUUGGUGGCUACAUUGCCGGUACCUCCAACCUGGUGGACAUGGUGCGCAGCUACGCCGCCGGUUUCAUUUUCACUACAUCACUACCGCCUACUGUCCUAAGCGGAGCCCUUGAGACUGUUCGCAUUCUGCGCACCGAAGAGGGAAGACAGCUGCGUGAAUUGCAUCAAUUCAAUGUUCGUUACCUACGGCGCAAAUUGAUGGAAGCUGGAAUCUCUGUUGAACACACACCGUCGCAUAUCAUCCCCGUUUUUGUUGGCGACCCAGAGCGUUCUUCAAUGCUUUCCGAUGAACUUCUUCGUUCCCGUGGCCAUUAUGUUCAGGCCAUUAAUUACCCGACCGUUCCGCGUGGUCAAGAGAAAUUGCGCAUUUCUCCGACACCACACCACACCGUCGAGAUGAUGGAUCGCUUUGUCGGUGAUAUGGUCGACAUUUGGAAAAGUGUUGGUCUGCCUCUUAAAAGCAAUAAAUGCGGAUCGGCUUGUACUAUCUGCAAAAAGAAGUUCCAGUCAUUUAACAACAGCCUGGACUCACUCAUGGCUAUGCUGGAUAAGAAUUGUCAGCUGCCGAAUUGUCCUCAAGCAGUGGCUCUCUAAUUCAGCCGUAAACUCGCGCUGGCAGACGUUGGUUGGAGUGUCGUCGUAGUUUGGUCAGAUCGCGCUAAAAUAUUUUUAAAGAAAGUUCUACAAAACAUUUUAAUUAGGAUAAAAUUUAAAAAUUACGUAAUUCGAAUAUUUUAAUCAUAUGAGCAUUAAAAAAUUUUCACUUUGGUUCACUUUUCGUCUUAUCAUCCCUCUGCUCAUGUUCAGUUGUAAGCGAGAUAUUCUAGAAAGAAGUAGUGGAACUGUCAACAUUGGAUUAGUAGAUUCAACGUCAUUUAUAGAGUGUAGUGUGAGAAUCGCUGCUGGUUUUAAGUUUGUUAAAAAGCACAUGUACGGAAUUGUUUGUUUUUUUAACUGAAGAUUAAGAAAUACUGAAAAAUUUUAUGGUCAACUUACAUCUGAACCAAGCGCGCAUAAGCAUUCAAGUUUUAAUUUUGUGCUGACGAGAUUAUGUACGUGCCGCCGUGUUAUCUUGCGUUCUGGUUUCUUUUUAUCGUUUGAUUCACAAAAUAUUUACAGUGAGUAUUUGGCUUUAGGUUUGACGCACUAACAGAUGGCUUAUUAUAAUCGCUCGCGUGUCAUAUUGAUGUUAACAUUUGAAGUUUAGCGAUUCUGAUGAGAAAUGCUUGCACCAUCGCUCACGUCUUCAAGUUGAGCAAAAAAACAGCUAUGUUUCAAAGUUGAUAAACAAUAUUAUUGCUUA